UUUACUUUUGUAGAUGAAUGUCAAACAAAAUAUGGAAAUGCCAAUGCUUGGCGUUAUUGCUGUAAAGUAUUUGAUCUACUUACUAUUGCAGCCAUAAUAGAUGAUCAAGUGCUCUGUGUGCAUGGAGGGCUGUCACCACUUAUAAGAACAUUAGAUCAAAUUAGAACUAUUGAAAGAAAUCAGGAAAUACCUCAUAAAGGAGCAUUUUGUGAUCUAGUAUGGUCAGAUCCUGAAGAUGUUGAAACAUGGUCUGUAAGCCCACGAGGAGCAGGAUGGUUAUUUGGUGCAAAAGUUACACAUGAAUUUAUGCAUUUGAAUGACCUGAAGCUGAUUUGUAGAGCACAUCAACUUGUCCAUGAAGGUUACAAAUAUAUGUUUGAUGAAAAAUUGGUCACAGUAUGGUCUGCACCAAAUUAUUGUUACAGAUGUGGUAAUAUAGCUGCCGUUCUUGCUUUCUCAGAUGUAGAUACUCGUAAAGCUAAGCUCUUUAGUGCCGUGCCUGACUCAGAACGUGUCAUUCCACCUCGAAUAACAACACCAUACUUUUUGUAAUGAUUUCAUAGCAGUUAUUUUGAAUUGUUUCUUAUGUAAUAAAAACUGUUAAGACCUUGCUGUCUUAUGCAUAAUGUACAUAUAAAAAAAUUAAAUAAAGUUUUUGUAAAGAA